UUAUUUGCUUUCACGCCGCCUCCUCGCUGUAUCCCUCCCUUUAUCUCUCUCCCUCCCAUCACAUUGGGCGUUGUCUACAGCUGACUAUAAAUUUACGAAUAAACCUCCAGUGAACCCCCGCACUCUUCACUGGAUCUCGACCCACCGUCUCUGCCUCUUCGUGUCCUGCACCCAUCUCUGCAGCCAUGACUGAUUUGGAGAAAAGCAUGGAGUCCCUGAUUACGAUUUUCCACCACUAUGCCAGUGAUGACAAUGAUGGGAAGACCUUGAGCAAGAAAGAACUGAAAAAACUUAUUGAGAACGAGUUACCCACCUUCCUGAAGGCCCAGAAAAACCCAAAUGUCGUGGACUGCAUCAUGAAAGAUUUGGACCAAAACAAAGAUGAUAAGUUGGACUUUGAAGAAUUCAUUCCCCUCGUAGUCGGCCUCUCAAUGGCCUGUGAGAAGUGUUUCACGCUCCACGAAAAGAAGGGCAAGAAGUGAUGCACAAAUGAUGUGAAAAAAUGAUGAUUCCAUUUCUUUUUUUAUGACAAAGAGAAUUUUGUAGCACUAAUGUGCCAAACCUGCAAGUAAAACUACCUUUAAGAUUU